ACACGGAUUUCGGAGGAAACCUAUGGGCGGAGCCGCGAGGGGUGCCGGGAAAGCGAGGAACAUGGCUGCUGUAUUGGUGUUCUCAUCCCCUUUCCCCAAACUCCGUCGUUUUCUCCGAAACUGCUGGGCGCAGCUUGGCGGCCACGCAGGGCCAUGGGCGCCCGCUUUAGCAGUACAAGCUCCAGAUUCUUUACUCAAUCCUGUGGAAGAGAAAACAGAGUAUUUUGAAAACCCCAGCUUUUUAGACAGCAUACUUUGGAUGCCAGCUCCAAAGUCAAGGCGAACAAUUGAAGUGAAUCGCACCAGACGAAGGAAUUCUAACCAUCUUCUAAAAAUAAAGAGAAACAUAGAUAUUUGUCCUGAAUGUGGCAACCUGAAAGAGAAGCAUGUUCUUUGUGGCUAUUGUUACGAAAAAGUUAAACAGGAAACUUAUGCCAUAAGAAAUCAAAUUAGAUUAUUGGAAAAUGGACCACAUAAGGCUCCCAUUAUAGAAAGUAUUGUGCUCUAUACAGGAGAAAAACCCAGAAAUGAAGAUGAAGGCAAGCGAAUUAUCGAAAGGAACAAGAAACGUCCAUCUUGGUUCACAUUGGACUAAACAGACAUCAAAGUGGAAUGGUUGAUUCCCUUAUACAAAUACUAGUUGGAUAGUAAUACAUCCAGAAGACUGUACUGUACUUUAUACUGUAGUUGCUCAAGCAUGCUAUUUGCAGGACUAUGUGUGUGAGUGUUUGUACUUUUUUUUAAAGAGUCUGGGUUUUCUUUUGUCCUUUAACAUUCAUCCAGAAUUUAAUUCUACAUUUGGAAUCUGUAUGGAUAGGGGAAUUGGCUGUUAACGUAGUAAUACCAUAAGCUUAUAGUAACCUGUCUUAAAUAAGUUAUCAUUUGCAGAAGUGGGAUGUAACUGCAUACAAAGAUGGAUUGUAUGUUAUUUCAAAUUGAAUUUAAAAUGCAUUUGCAAUUAAAACAUAUUCAAUUUCA